CGGCCAGUUGCCCGCGCUCGGGAAGCUCCGCCGACAGCCGCGCCAUUUUCCGUCGUCAAAAUAAAAAGCGUUCGCAUCGAGUGCCAGCGGAAGUCGUUUUAGUUUGAAAGCUCGCUCGGCGAAAGUUGUUCCACAACUACGGCAACCUGACACUGGCGCAGAAUGUUCUGCUGCGAAACCUCGAACGCGACCGAGCAUCGUCGCUCCUUUUUUGUUUGUUUGUUUAUUGUUGUGAUUCGGAAUUCAACCACACAGCCAGCGCUUAGGACGCGCCACUGCAGGGGAAAAGAAGCCAGAUCUCGCCUCAUCCUGGGGGGUUUAUUUUCAAAUAGAUGUGGCCAGAUUUGAUCGCUGCUCAAGAGAUCCGAUUGACGAUCAGGUGCGCCGUAAAACGGGAAGAAAAGAGGUAAAGGAAAAAAAAAAAAAAGGACUCCGGUGACCACACAGAUGUGCCGACGCGAAUAUGAGCGUCCACGUCUGCUUCCACAUCUCUGAGGGAGAAAAUCCUGCAACGCGCCUCCUCCGAGAAAGCUGGACUCAGCUUCAUUUUGCGAUUUAAUUAUUACUAUUGUCAUAGAAAACCCAAUCGCUGAAGGCUGUUUUUGUCUCCGGGGGAGGAUGCUCUUUGCCCUGCACGUGACUGUCAUGUCGUCAGCGUUUUUCAAUCCCAGUUUUGCCUUCAGCUCCCACUUUGACACAGACGGGGCGCCGCUGAGCGAGCUGUCGUGGCCGUCGUCGCUGGCCGUGGUGGUGGUCUCCUUCUCCGGCCUGUUCGCCUUCGUCGUCCUCAUGCUGGCCUGCCUGUGCUGCAAGAAGGGCGACAUCGGCUUCAAGGAGUUUGACAACGCCGAGGGCGAGGAGUACCAGGCGGACCUCUCGCCUUCGUCCCACAAUGGGCCCGAGGUGUACAUCUUGCCCCUCACCGAGGUCUCGCUGCCCGUCUCCAAGCAGCCCGGCAGAUCCAUCCAGCUUCUGAAAUCAUCAGACCUCGGCCGCCAUAGUUUACUCUAUCUCAAGGAGAUUGGCCACGGCUGGUUUGGCAAGGUGCUGCUGGGUGAAGUCAGCGUGGGUCUCAGCACCACCCAGGUGGUGGUGAAGGAGCUGAAGGCCAGCGCAAGUGUCCAGGACCAGAUGCAGUUCCUGGAAGAGAUCCAGCCAUAUCGGAGCUUGCAGCACCCCGCCCUCUUGCAAUGCUUGGCCCAGUGCUCGGAGGUCACUCCUUAUCUGCUGGUCAUGGAGUUUUGCCCUCUGGGUGACCUGAAAAGCUAUCUCUGCAGUUGCCGACUGUCAGACUCCGAAACCCCCGAGCCGCUCAUCCUCCAGCGAAUGGCGUGCGACGUCGCUUCAGGACUUUUACACCUCCACAAGAAUAACUUCAUACACAGUGACCUAGCCCUGCGGAACUGCCUGCUCACAUCAGAAAUGUCAGUGAAAAUCGGCGACUAUGGCCUUUCUCACAGUCUGUUUAAGGAGGACUAUUAUUUCACACAAGACCAGAUAUGGGUGCCCCUACGCUGGAUCGCACCCGAGCUCAUAGACGAAGUCCAUGGGAACCUGCUGGUUGUUGACCAGACCAAAGCAAGUAACAUAUGGUCGUUGGGCGUGACUGUGUGGGAGCUGCUUGAGCUCGGAGAGCAGCCAUACAGACAGUACACAGACAGACAGGUGCUGACGUACGCCGUGCGAGAACAGCAGCUCAAACUUCCAAAACCACAGCUCCAGUUCCCCAUCGCCGAGCGCUGGUAUGAGGUAAUGCAGUUUUGCUGGUUGCAGCCAGAGCUGAGACCGAGCAGCGAGGAAGUUCACCUCCUGCUCACAUACUUGUGUGCCAAAGGCUCCAGCGAAGCCGAUGAGGAUUUCGAAGAACGCUGGAAUGCCUUGAGACCGAAUUUGCUCGGCAGCCCCUGCCACACAGCUGCGCCCGCACCCCUUGUCCUCACCCCACCACUGGCCGAGGCCCACGGCCUGGGCCGCACCCAGGCAGGUGAGCCGGCCUCGUCUGCCUCGUCCUCCUUCCCCCUGCUGGAGCGCUUCUCCGACAGCUUUCACUCAGACGCGGGGGACGACUUGCUGACCGUCACGGAGACAAGCCACGGUCUCAACUUUGAGUACAAGUGGGAGCAAGCCCGAGCUGAGCAGCCCUACUGCUCGUUGUCCACCAGCGGCCCUCUUGGCCAAGUGAACCCACACUACCAAGAUAUGUACUAUUCAAGCAAUGCAAGCACCUCAGGUGGCUGUAGGACUGAGACAUCCCCAUCCUAUUAUGAACCUGAGCAUCCAGGAGUAGUCCCUGUGUUGAGCGCCCACAGCCCUUCUGUCAGCAGCGACUAUUAUAUCCGCAUAGAAGACACAGAGUGUCACAUUAACUCGGACGACAAUGUCGUAGACUUAAGUCCUGUGCUGAAGGCUGGCAAUUCUGGGUUGUCUCCUGAAAGUCAGACUAGUUCACCUUUAGCACAACUGAAUGCUUACUGGUCAUCUGUAGACAGCGCCAAAUCAACAGUCUAUGAUUCCGAUUCAAGCCCAACUUUGCAGCUAACCAUGGAGCCGCUGCUUAGCCCUGUGAUGUUAAACCAGUCCAAUGCUAACACCUUAUCCUUUCAAGCAGACACUGACUACUGUGAAUCCGUACGCCUUGCCAGUCUGUCUGACCCAGAGCACUCCAACGUUGGUCAUCCGGUGGCAUCGUCAGAAAAUAAGCCUAGUCUGAAACAAGCGACCAGCAGCCCAAGCUUAGGGUUGUGUGACCCCUACCUUGAAGCCGAAGGCGGCAGCGGCAUGCUUCAUGAAAGCUGCCGUACCACAACGGGAUCCCUUCGGAAGACACUACCCAUCGUAAACCACAUGAGUAUAGAUGUUGAAACGGGUGCCGGCCUGCUGGUAGGCUGUCAGAGGCGUGGGGAUUGCGACGAUGCCGCUUUCUCUGAGGAAGAAGUCACAAACUGGACCUCAAACCAUUCUGCCAACAAUAAUAUCCCAAACUUUGGCAACAACAAUAGAGACAGGAUGGAGAAUUAUCUUGAGCUUCAGUAUAAUGUGCACUGUAAAAUGACAGAAGUGUGGUCUUUGACCAAAGACACAACCAAAACCUUCUGCAGUUCCAGGACUAAUAAAGAGGAGGGAGAACAACAGGAAUCUGCUUGCAAUGCUGCCAGCAAACUAAAAGAACUUGGGUCAUACAUUCACUUGAGUCACCAAGACAGUGCAGGGGAAAACAACUUGGCCAAUUUCCAAAGUCCUAAUUGUCUUGCAAGUGAGAGUGGCCGAGAAAAUGACAAGAAACUGUUACUGAAAGGAGAGAGACUGCAUUCUAAGCCCAAGAUAAUACCAACAGGUGUCUCUGCUCUCAGAGACAUAAGGCUAACUUAUCCACACUUGGAUGGUAGCAGAAAGUUGACAAGUGGAUUUGGGAUUAGAGACUCCAGUGCUACCCUGGUGGAGCUCGGAGACUACAGUGAGGAAGAUGACGACUUUACAGAUAUCACGUCAAGCAUCUUUACAGACUUCAACCUCGACUACGCGGACGUGCAGGACGGAGAGCUAAGUCCGCUGAAGAACCCAGAGGGAACUCGCGACUCUGUAGAUACCAUUAACAUUUCAUCAUCCGUGGCAAGCACCUGUGACCAAGCCUUCAGCCCAGACUCCUUCAAUACUCCUGCCCAGCCCAAAUCCCUGGAUAGUGGCUACGGCACAGAAAACAAUGGAUCUCCAGAGUUUAUGUUUAAAGAGCUUGUAGGCCCCCGAACAGCUGCAACUGGACUUGUUCUGCAAGUGGGUGUGCGUCAAAAUCUCACUUGCGCCUCAGAGGUCCGCUUAAAGGACACGACUGAUAAAAACCCAUUCCGGGACUCUGCUUAUUUCUCUGACUACGAUACUGAAAACGACAAAAGCCCUUGGGAGGAAGGCGGUAAAUUCUUUGCAAGUCCAAGUAAACAUGAGAUGUAUGCCGGAAAACUGAGCUCUUCCAGAGAUCCAAUCACAAGAGAGUUUAUUAGCGUGGACUUAAAUCAAAGACAAAGUUGCUUCUUGACAAGACCGUCAGAGACAAACUCUUCCCAUCCUCUUUUCACACCUGGGCUGUCCAUGUUGUCACCAUUUCCUGUUCAGAUGGGUGGAUGCCUGACCAAAGAGGCAGCCCCUGACUGUGACGACCUGGAGUUGGAGUCAGAGCACCAAGAGGAGCCGUGCUCAGAGCUUAGCUCAUCUGCUGACUCUGAACUCUCCUCCGCCGUCCAGGAGGCCUCAACAAACUACCAGGACGGAAGCAACAGAUCUGAAGACUGUUGCCACGUACAGAUUUUGUGCACAGACUCCACUGUGUCUGAUUACAAAGAUGAUGAACCCAAAGAGAACGAAAACACAGAUCAAUCCACAGAGGAGGAAGAGCUCCCAGAAUGCAAUCACGUGGAAGCACUGCCGGACAGAGGGGACACAGUCGGGAUAAACGAGGAAGACUUUGAGGACAUUGACGCCGAGGAAUGCGACUCACAGGACAGCUCGUACGAAGCGUCCAACGGCGCCGCUGACAUGGCGUCCGCCUCGUCGCUGUUGGAGCUGUGCGGAGAAGCUGUAAGAGCCCCACUGGAGGAGGCAGAGGACGAGGACGACUCCGACGACAGCGAGUCAGACGAAGACUUGCUGACGUACAGCAUUCCGGAGGAAGACAGCGAGGGGAGCGAUGAGGAUUUGACCGCAGUGCCGGUGGUGGUAAGCGACGGUAGCAGGGCGAGGCAUCUCCGCAGCCUCCUAAAGAUGCCAACGCUCCUCACUCAGUCAUUCUGCGAGGAGCUAGAGAGGAAGAAAAAGGCGGUGUCCUUCUUUGAUGACGUCACAGUUUUCCUCUUUGACCAGGAGAGCCCAACUGGAGAACUGGUCGACUACAGCUUCUCCACUGAAGAGGGGUCCAGCGGGAAGGGGACACUGGACGAAACCACCUCCAACCCAGAUGAAAACACCUCCGACGUGGAUGAAACACCUUCCAAGCCGGAUGUGUUGACAUCUGAAAACCCCUGCAAACUUGAAGCCUGUGAGACAGAGUGCAAUGCUGAGGAAACAGACGGUGACAGUGCGGAGCAAGGUUUUGACUGGGAGGAUGAUCUUGCAUUUGAGCAGCGCCGAACUUUACCUGACAACACGGCCGAACCCGUUUCCCCUUCGAGCAGUCCCGAGGUGCCAAAGUCGGCAUCCACGGCACUAAACCGAUUCAUGGUCUCCAGAUUCUCCAUCACGCACGUGUCGGACACGACUGAAGCAACAAGGAAUGCCGAAGAUUGUCCGAAAGACUGACAGACCAUCGGUGGACCGUUGCUCAUUUCUUCUCUCCCCAACAACACAAAAGAAAACAAAACAUUACUAGCGAUGCGAUGUUUUACAGAGUUUUAUUUUUAAUGGUCAUUUGAAGUCGUCCGACUGGUGGUGGAGCCUUUCUGAGACGGUGCCUCGUAUUGUAGUGAAAGCCCUCGUGGUGAUUUGCACACUUUUUAAUUUGCAGAUUGCUGCUGAUGACAUCACUAAGAACAGACAGUCUCACCCCCCAAGUUAACAGCACACAUGCUAUAUUAAGUCAAUGUUCACAUCGAAUAUCAUUAAGUAUAAAAGAGUUAAGAUCAAAAUGAGCUUUUUUUUUUUUUUUCCAUUGGCUUCCUCCACUGAACAUUUUGAAAGACUGUUACACAUUUUUAUUUGAUUUGUUCCCUGUGGUGGAAAAAGAAGUUGUUUUUACUCUGGACAAAGGUACUGUGGAAAAUAGUAGCAAAGACUUAGCUGGUAAACAAUCACAAUACAAAUCUACCGUGAUGACAUUCGGUGAAUAUAAAAAUUCUACACACCCCUGUUCAAAUGCUAGGUUUUAUUUAAAAAAAAUCAGAGCAAGAUAAAUAAAACUUUUUCCACCAUUAAUGUGAUCUAUUAACUGUACAACAAAAAAAUAUAUAUGCGAGGAAAGUAAAAAUAACUGUGGUUGCACAAGUAUGCACACCCUUUUAUGGCAUGUGCUCAGGAUUAACCAGUCAGAUUCAAGCUCCUAAAUUGGGAGUCAGCACACACCUGCCAACAAUUUAAGUACCUCUGAUUAAAAGUUCAAUUGUUCUACUCAGCUUUUCCUGUCAUAUUUUUGCUUUCUCGCAGAAGCCUGAAGGUUUUAUGCUUACAAUAACAUAAGACAUUUCAGUGAAACCAAGGUUGAAGUAUUUGGCCACAUUUCCAAAAGGUAUGUUUCGUGCAAAAAAAAAAAAAAUCAAAAAUGAAAACAACAGCAUGCCUACAGUGACGAAUGGUGGUGUAAACAUCAUGCCUUGGGGCUGCUCUUCGUCAGAUGGAACUGGUGCCUUAGACAAGUUGGAGGAAAUUAUCAACGGUUCCAAAUAGCAGUCAGUGUUGUUUGCGCAAUGCCUUCAACAUUCUGCUGUAAAGCAAGAAAAUGACAGGAAAAGCCUACGAGACGAUUUGAACUUUAUUUGGGGUUAAUCGGAGGUCCUCUAGAUGCUGGCAGCCCUGAGCUGAUUUGCAUUUAACAUGAGUUUGAAUGUUAUUGGUUCAUUUUGAACAAAGCCACCUCCCAGUUAGCAGAGGGUGUGCCCACUUGUGCACCCACAUGAUCUCAUUUAUUUAUUUUUACUUCCCCUCUUGAGAGGUUUUGUCGUGGCUUUAGGUUACAUUAAUGGUGAAGAAGUUUUAAAAUGAUUUCAUCUUGCUCUCAUUUUUUUUUUUAAACCUGGCAUUUAUUUGAACAGGGGUGUGUAGACUUUUUAUAUCCACGUCACCCUGGAAAUGUGUGAAGCAAAAUGUCCAAUUUGCGUGCCACUUUUAAAUGUAUUUCAUCUGCAAUGCAAGGACACCAAAGGGACUUUCGGAGACACUUUGUGGCGAAUCCUCGUCAUCCAUGUGCAGAAUGUCGUCGGUGUCAUCUUUUCUUCGUCUACGUACUGUUGCAUAUUGUUACGUCCUUCACACAAGCCAGACGUUCGAACUAGGACAUAUGUUGCAUAUUGUAUGAAUAUCAAGUGAAUAUGUAGCAGGUAGCUCGACUUGAACGACGAGCGUCGCGGCUCCGUCUCGUUGGCUACCGUCGUUUGGGGAAAAGACGGGUGCUUCUUUGCACCAGAAGUAUCCAAAUCAUCGCUGUCCAAUCUCCUUCACUCACCGCUGUUCUACUAUCGCCAAAACACAAUACACACAAAUACUUCCUCA